AUGGCUCGCGUUCUCUCACUGGUGUGCCUUCUGGCUGUGGCCUGCCUGGCCCUGCUGUGUGGCUGUGAUGCCUCCUAUCCCCUGGCCGUCUCACACGGACACGGGUACUACCCGCACAGCUACAAGUACCCUGGAUACGGGUACCACACUGGUAAACAUGGCUAUGGUUCCUACGGUUACGCUGGCCACGGAUACCCUGUUCAUGGCUAUAAUAGCCACUACAGUUACCCAGCUCACGGCUAUGGUAAUCACUACAGUUACCCCGUGUACAGCCAUCAAGGAUAUGGAUAUGGCUACAACCACGGAUAUGGCCUUGGAUACGGCCAUGGCCGCAGCCAUUGGUGA